AUGAAACUAUUUAAUUUAAAUUUCCAUGUCAAAUUAAAACACGAGAAAAUCAAAAAUGAACCUGAAGUAGAAGAUAUUUCCAAAGGUCACACUUGCAGCACUUGUUGCAAAUCCUACCGUCAUUUGAAAGGCCUUCGUAACCACGAAAAGUACGAGUGCAAUAAAGAGCCACAAUUUAUUUGCAAAUUUUAUGUCAGUUUUUUGCUAAAAAGAAUCGCUUUCGAAGAUAACACUUGUCCCCAAUGCUUUAAGGUGUUUAAAAGAAAAGACCACGUACAAAGGCACUACCUGGAACUACACUUAAAACACGUGGCGUUCAAAUGCCCAAAAUGCAACCGCAUGUUCAAAAGAAAGUACCUUAUGGAAAAUCACGAGAAAAAUUGUAAUGCCGACAGGGUUUUUAAAUGUGGCCCUUGUAAUAUGACUGUUAAGUAUAAAGACUCCCUGAGUCAUAAAAAACGGUGCCGCAAUGUUCAGUUCAAUGCAGUUACUACUAAAGGUCGUAAAAGAAAGAGGCUGUUAAUGGUAGCCAACCCAGAGCUGGACCAUCGUAAUUUUUAUGUUGCCGGACCCACCCGAAGAAGAUGUGCACUAUGUGCCAAAAACGGCCUCGAAAAAAGAACCAAAAUGAUUUGUAAUGAAUAGUUUUUAGAGUUCGACAAAAUCCUAAUACCACCUCAAUUGAAGUCUCUUUUACAAAAGGAUGAUAAAAAUAAAAAACUAAAUGUACUGACUGGCAAAAAACACGGAUUUAGUCCUGAAUCAGAGUUUGCCUGCAAGCAUUGCGGUAAAAAGUACCGGUGGAAAUCGACUUUGACAAGACACGAACAAGUUGAGUGUGGUGGAAAAGAACCGAUGUUCAAUUGUCCUCAUUGUCCAUAUAGGGCAAAACAAAAAGGAAAUCUUGGAGUACACAUUCGAAAACAUCAUCCUGAGUUGUUUUUCUUUGUCAAAAAAAAUUCUAAAACUCGUCAGUUAAAUCGAGUAUUAAGGUUUACAAGAACAAUUCAAGAUUUAAAAGUUGAAAUAUUUAAGUUAAGAAAGCAAGUAGACAACAAAUUCAAACAGUUACAUGUACAUUUGGGCAAGUUAGGUGGUAGUAAUAAUAAUCCGAAAGAAAAAGAAGUAUCAACUACUGAAUUAAACUUAAAUUUUCACGAAUCUAUGGAUGCUUCUGUGGAAGUUGAUUUUCAACUUCCGUUAAAAACCUGCGAGGAACUAGAAACUCUGAACGAUAACCUGAGAAAUCCCAUUUUAAAAAUGCAAUUUAUAACUUAUAUAAGUCAAAUUGGUGGUACUGGCGGAAAUGAAAAUGGGAAUAAAGUAGGUUAUAAAAUGGUUGAUUUAGUAUUUCAUCCGAAAUUAUUAACAUUAUACACAUGGACGGGAUUAUCGAAAAAGAAAGAAGACAAAAAGACUUUCCAAAUAUACGAAGAGGUAAUUAGUUGUUUUUACGAAGCUUUGAUUUCCUGCGAUAGAAGGUUCACCAAGCAAAAAACUAUUGAUUUUUUUAAAGACAACGUUCUGAAACAUGCUCAUAAAAGAAGCCAAAGGAAAAGACAAAUGUAUAAUGAUGAUGAAUUAGCAUACGAUUCACAACAAAAUUUAGAAGAUGUUAAAACGAAUUUUGAUGAAGCAGAUGCAUUAUUGGACGAACCCCUUCCAUAA